CUCACCCGGUAUAUUCAAAGCGACCAAAAAUUGUACGCAAUAUAGGAAAUACCAUUAAAUAUAUAUAACAACACUUGUGUGUUUAGUUUCCCCCUCCCUCGUUGAAUUAGGUUAAUUAUUUUCUUAAAUCAUUUAUAUGUAGCAAUUGUACAUACUUCUUAUAUUAUUACUUCCUAUUAAAUAUACUCCCUUCACCAUCGACAGCCUUGACAAACACCAUUAAUAUAGAAGAAAUAUACAGUCUUUUAGAUUUGCUGUCAAAGGAAAGAUGGCAACAUUGAAGGCAUACACCAUCAGCCAGGGCCUGACAACUUCUAAAGUCACUGAGAGGAAGGAAAAUGUUGUUCAGCUGCGAGAACUGUUGAAAAAGAAAUCUGUGAUAGAAGAGCUAGAUAGUAAGCCAAAGUACUGGAAUGAGAUCCUGAAGAAUGUCAUACAAUAUGUCUAUAUUGAGAGUGAUUCUAUCAGGAAAUCAAGGGCCUCAGCAUCUAGUCAAGUGACCUCAAACAAGAAACGAGAGACUGCUUCUCUCUUCAAAUUUGUCGUCAAUACUGCUAAUAAGCGUGGUUGUUUAUUGAAAUGUGAAACAAUUGUGAAACAUAUCAGCCAUGUAUUGAAAGAGGACUUCUUAAGAGAAUCAUUUGGUCUUAUUUACAGCAGUCUACUACUGAAGGACAUAUUGUCAAUACGUAAAUACAUCAAUGACAUAAACCACAUUUCCCCAAAUUUGUGGCCUGAUCUUCUCUCCAUUUACUGUGAUAUAUUCCAGUCGGACAACAAUAGCCUGAAUAAUUUGUUAGUGACAAGACUUAUCUAUGCAUUAAUGCAGGCUGUCUCUUUACAGACUGAGCUACCAACAGAUGAACUUCUUCACUUUUACUUGAAUUUCUUCAAAACACCAAGCAAUAAGAAGGCAAAUAUGAAAGUGCUUGAAUACAUAUUGCUGUCAGCAAAUCUUUUUGUGCAACAAUCAGCUAUAAAUAACCAACACCAGAUGUGUCUGUUAGGCGAGUCAGCAAUACAACUUCUGCUCAACUUCUGGAGUCAACAAAACCAGCUACAACAACAAAUUCUGGUGUUUCUGAGUUUCCAACUACGUAUCCAUAAUCCAUCUGGUGCCAGAACAGAAGAGGAGGGUGCUUUUGCAGCAGAUUGGACUGUGUGGAAAUCUCAGCUGAAGAAAAUGUAUAAAAUAGUUCAUAAUUACCUGGAGGAAUGCAAUUCUCGUCACACGUUGUCAUCAAGUUCUCGUGACUCUGUUACAGUUUUGGGCAAGGAUUUGGUACAGUUUGCUGCUGACCUUUAUCACCAGAUGUUCUAUAUGACCAGUUCCUCUACUUCUACUCAUGAUUCUGAGUCAGAGAUUGUUGCCAAGAAACAGCGUCUGGAAUCUGGUUUAUCAGAAUUGAGAGAGAAAAUUAGUUCUGUGGGAGCAAACAAGAAAGUUAUUCCUUGGCUCCAGCUAAUGCACUGCUUGUUAGAGAGGCAUCCCUCAGAUUUCCAAGAUGGAGAGGCACAGCCCUUAUUACAGGUCCUUUCACAGUUUCAGUCUGACGCUAAAAGAUGUGAUGUCACAGAAUUAUUACUAAGCUGUCUCCAGAUCUUGGCUUCUGUGUUGACAACAGAAUAUGCUGAUAUAUGGACCAAAGUUUGGGAUAAUUGCCUCAAGAAGAUAAGCCUGCAACAUUGUCAAGACAGCAACUUCAAGCUAAUGUCAACACUUCUUCAUCACCAUUGUGUAAAUUUUCGUGAAGACAUCUGGAAAUUCUUUACCUCGUUUUACAUGACCCCAACUAAAGAUUCUGUCCAGUUCCUGGCAACUUAUUGUCAUUUCUAUGAUUUACCUGAGUACUACCAGUCAGAACUUUUAACUGGAUGGGUUAGUGUUGUUACGAGACCCAGCAUCAGCAAUCCUAGCAAUCACCUGUAUUUUCUACGCAAAGCAUUAAUUGACUGGUUACUUCCCUCAUGGGAAGAUAAGGAUGAGGAAACCAGUACUGUGUCAUCAAUGAAACAAUCCUUUGAGAUGACUGACUGUGACCUCAUUGCCUCACUACUCAUUACCCUCCUCCUUAGCCCAGUUGUUGUUGAUCCAUUCUGCCAUCAUUUGCCUCUAAGUACAGCUUCCAAUGCCAGUCCUUCACUUGUGGAAUCCCUUUAUCUAAAGAUGAAUUUUUACGAGGACCAGACAUUAACUUCCACAGUGGCAGUCCCAACAAAUAAUGACCAAAACAUGGCUAAGUGCCCUCUAUUUACUGUGAUAGAACAUUUUCUUAUGCACAUUGACAAACUUGUCUUGCACAUUCAGAAUCUCAACACAGAUGAUAACUGGUGUAUUCAGAAAGCGUCUUACAUCAGCUGUCUCCUUUCAAAGUGCCUUGCUUAUGUAGCCAACAGAGGCAUGAAUGAACUGUCUGAAUUACAUUCCAAUCUCUCAAACCAACUACAGACAACACUGACCAAACUUGAAGAAUUGUUCCAUAGGGCUAGAAAUGUCCAAGUUCGCUGCAAGUACAUCAAUGAAGCUGUACCACUUCUCUGCCAAUACUUCUCUGCUGACAACAUUGAUCAAUCCUAUAAAUGUCAGUAUUUUGACUUACUUCGUUCUCUGAUGCCAAAAGGUGUGUUGGACAGUCUUAUAGCUGUGGUCAAAGAACAGAUACUUCCAAGUUCUGUGAAUAGACAGUCAGAGAGGUUUCUUACACUUGAAAGUGAAUCUCCUGUUUCCUGUUCAGGGAACAAUACUCUAGAUGACAUGUUUGAUGAAGAAGAUGAUACAAAUAAUGAAUUUAAGGAGAGUGCCAUAAAAGAUGCCUUUUCUCAAGUUCUUUCUCCUGAGGAAACUCUCUGCUGCCAAGCUAUGCAGCUAUUGUGUUUGUGGCACAGUUAUAACAAACGGCAGACAUCAUACCUCUCUGACAACCUCCAGGAUAAAAUCAUGGAAAUCUUGGAAAAUCUCAAUAUCAUGAAAUCAUUUCAUUUACAAAUGUUUCAAACUAUUGUCUCCACACUUUGCUCAACACACCAACACCUCACUGAUUCUAAUCUGGAAUGUUUGAUGCUUACAGUCAGGAACAUAAUGAAACAACAUUGGCGAGACCCAGCUAUCUGCCAGAAAUGUAUUCACUUCCUUUUGAUGAUCCUGCCCCAUUUAUCUGGAGAAGAACAUGACACUACAUCAAAGAUUUCAGAAAAUCGUCUCAAUGCUCUGCAACUCUUUAAAAUUAUUUGGUCAUUACAAGAUGAUAAAAAAUAUAACACUAGUGUCCGCCUUUCACUUGCAACCUGUCUUCACACCUUCAUUAAGAUUGACCCAGAAGGUAAAUGGGCUGUGGACCCUAAUAAAGAUACCGGUGACCCCUUGUGGAAACUUUUCCCUAUCUAUUUGACUGAUCCUUGUUUCCAAAUUCGAUAUUUCUGUGCCUCCAAUAUUACCUGCCUGUUUCAAACUAAAGACAAAACUGGAAGAAACUGCUACCUCAGUCAAAACCAGCAGGAAUCAUCCUUCCGUGAUGUUUAUAAAUACUCUGAAGAAAAUUUGUCUGUUCUGGAUUCUAACCAAUGUGUACAGCUGAGUCACACAUCCAGUUUUCUUCUGGCUAUGUCAACUAUCAUCUGCAAUUGCCCACUGUAUGAGCGAAAAGCUAUUUAUAUUUGCUGCUCCCAAUCAGAAAACAUUUCAGUGGAUUUUGUUAAAAAGGUGCUCACCCUUUCAGCAAUAAAUCUGAAAUACAAAACUUUGCAAGAUUUAAUGGUUAUUCACUUACCAUUCUUGAUAAACAAGUGGUUAAGUGAUGGCCUUCCUAUCAAACAGUUUCCCUAUCAACUCCUCGAGUGUUCUUCAGAAGUAGACUUCUACACAAAAUAUACAUCAGUUUGUCUACCACUGGUGGCAGUGGUAAGAGCUGAGGUUGGUAUACAGGAAAGCCUUGCCCACUUACUUGGUGAAAGAUGGUUCCCUUUACAUCUUCAGGAAUGUUUAGUAACACUGCUGGUACACAUUUUGCCAUAUUUAACAGUACUGGAGAUUGCUGAAACUGUAGAAGAGAAAGUUAAAGAUAAAAUAUCUCAAGCUAAGAUGAACUAUCAAACUUUACUUCAGUAUUUCACCGAGGAGGAUAUUGAAAACUGUUUGAAGAAGAAUGUUUCUGACUUCAUUGUCCAGUUACUGCUCUGUCUAGAUGAAAAACCCGAUAAUGUGAUAACACCAAAUCCUAAUCCACCAUAUUACAAGAGAGAUGUCAUCAUGACAACCCUGCAGUACCUUGCCAACAAUUUUUCUGCCAGCAUCACUGAAGAACAUAAGCCAACUCUUGUGCAUUACCUGUCCCUGAAUGCAGAUCACUUCUGGAAGAUUCUGUUGCUUCUGGGAGUACAUAUGAACAGCUGCAGCCAGUUGUCAGAAGAAUACCGACUCAUGUGCAGCUAUCAACUCUUUGUUGACCUUUUACUGCAAGAAUUUGAUUCCAAACUCGGUGACUGCCAUUUCUAUAUUUUUCGAGAAGUACUCUGCCGAAUUUUACACCUCAUUGAGCGACUUGGACAGCAAAUCAAAGUCAUUCAGUGUUGUAAUGACGAGAAAUACAUAGAAGCCACCAUUGAACUUGCCUUGGAGCUGCUGCAGCAGUUCAACCUUGCUUCAAGUACAUCAUUCAGCAAGGAAUUCUCUAAAUUUUUGCCACAGAUUGUGAAGACCUUGAUGCCUUAUUGCUGUAGUUAUACUUUCAGUCACACAGUUCUUAAUCUGUUAGAAUCUAUGAUAUUUAAUGAUAAUUAUGAAAAAGGAAUUUUGGAGCUGGAUCCUUUUCCCAAGAGUGAGACUCUUCAGAAAUUCCGAAAAAGGCAUGAAUCUCUAAAAUAUAAAUGUGGCAAGUUUUCUCUUCAACAGGAAAUUGAAUGGUUUUUGAAAACAGGCAAGGAUGUCACACUUUAUAGAGGCACCCGGAGUGUAGAAAGUUUGAAAUUUCUCCACAAACAAUUGCAAAAGCACACCCAUAAAUUCAGAGAUUUAAUUGUACAAGAUGGUUCAGAAGAUAUUGUGUGCCAGCUUGUCCAAGAAUUAGCAUGCAUAAUUCAGAAUAAAUCUGGUGAAGUAGCAGAGGCAGCGGCUCUGUGUCUUGGUAUCAUUGGACCAGUUGACCUUUCUCUGUGGACAUCAUCAUCACAACUAAGUCGAAAUCUCUACCAGGAUCAAUCCCAGUUGGAAAAUCUUCCAGUUUACCAAGAGAAUACUAAACAACAGAAAUAUUUCCAGAUCUUCUACUUGUUAAACCAAUAUCUUGUUGAUUCUUGUAUGACCACUGUCCAAUGUGCUGCUCAAGUUCUAAGAUCUAUGUUGUCCACUAAAGCAGGGAGACAAUUUAAGCGUGAUUGCCUACGUGUCUCUUUCCUUUACAAGAGCUUUUACCCUUUCUUAAAGAGUAAAGGUCAUGUUAUAACCAAGGACUCUAGCAAGAGCAUCAACAUUGACAAUGAAGAGCUUUGGAACCCCAGUCAUAGCAACCAUAGUGACUGGAUCAGAAACCUCACUUGUUCUUUGAUUCAUAGUGAUGCUGUGAAAGAUGAAAUGCUACAAGUUCUAGGACCUAUCUGUCAGGUUAAGACUGAAUUCUGUGAAUUGGUUUUGCCAUAUUUAGUCCAUGACAUCUGCUUGAAUCAAGAAGGUGACAUAGAAGCUAUUCUCACACAACACAUCAAUAAUUUCUUUGUCCAGCAUUCAUCUAUCUCAAACUCACCCAAUGUAGAUGUGACUUCAAAAUCAACAGGUAAUACCAUCAAAAUAUGCAUGAAUAAGCAGUCUGUACAGAAGAUGCUAAACGUUGUACAGUACCUUCGGCAGCAACCUAGAACAACUCACUCUGCAAACAAAUCUUCUAAGAGGAGUGAGAAAUGUCCACAAACAAUUUGGCAGAACAACUUCUGGUUAGACCUUGAUUACAGCCACAUUGCAAAGGCUGCCAACUUCUGCUCUGCACAUUUCACAGCCAUCUUGUAUUCUGAAAUCUGGUGGUAUGCUCAAAUGGAAAAUCAGGAGGAAAAUAGUUCAGCUGAAGAAACAAGUGGAAGAUUCCAAGAUAGUUUAGCCUCACUAACUGACAAUCAUGUUAAAGUACAAGGUACAUUGCUGAAGGCUUAUCGAGAAAUUGGGGACCCAGAUGGACCCUAUGGUUGUGGGGCUGGAACCCUUUCAGAUCCUACUUCAAGAAUUCAGCUCUAUGAGCAUGAAAACCAGUGGAAGAAAGCCAUUGUUUCUUAUGAUAUUCUAAUGACUGAGCCAGAACCAACUGUGCAGCUGGGCAUGCUCAAGUCACUGCAUAAAUGUGGACUCAACCACAUUUUGGGCACCUACCUCAACAAACUAGACAGUUCCAUCUCCCCUGAACUGCAAGAAUUACAGUAUGAAGCUGCCUGGAGGACAGCACAGUGGAACCUAGAUGUACCUACUAGGUUAAACACCAGCUGGGACUUCCACAAAUCUUUGUAUGCUGCAAUGACCUAUCUAUCACGCAACCAGGAGGAGCCAGCUUUAGAAGCAGUACACUUUGCAAAGUUAUCUGUGAUGAGGACAUUACAUGAAAGUAGUUUAGAGAGUUGCAGUCCAUUAUAUCUUGCCCUCAGUAGACUAGCAUGUCUUGCACAGUUAACUGAAAUGCUAGAACUGGACAGAGACAGCAACACAAAAAGCAAUAACUUGCACAUGCUUCUUGAGAAAUGGGAAAUACAGCGGCAGAUUUGGAGGGCUGACUUUGAGUUUGUGGAGCCAGUACAACAUCUGUGUUGUGUGUUGCUAUCAGUGUGUGGUGAACAACCAGGACAUCAACUUGAUGGUCUUGCCAGGCAGUACCAGAACCUUAUCAAAGCUGCUUGUCAAGAUGGCAAAUAUGAGAUUGCUGAACGUUGCCUCUACCUUCUGGAUGAGUUAAAGAAGAAACACACAUUGGAACAAUCUGUAAUUUUACAAACUGAUUUUGAGAGAGCUAAUUUUCUAUGGAAGCGGGGUGAACAAACUGCAGCUAAGAAUCUGAUGAAGACUAUCAUCAUACAGUUAGAGGGAGAUGCCACUGGAGUGGUAUGUAGUGAAAUUGCUCAACUUUAUCCAUCAGCACUGAAUACCUAUGGUAAUUGGUUGGCUGAGACACGAUCAGAGAAUCCAAAAGUUAUUAUGCAGUUUUAUCUUGCUAAGGCUGUCUCAAAGCUGCAAGAUACAGAAUCUACCAAAAGCAAUGUUGCUAUUGAAGCACAUGCCUCUCUAGCAAACUAUGCACACCAACAAUACCGCAAUAUUAGAAAUUACAUGAACUCCAAGGAUUUUGGAGUGAAGAAGGACUUGAUGAAGGAUGCACAAAGAGAUGUACGGGAACUGUGUAACCUGGAAGGUAAUGUGAACAACAGGUUUGUGUCCACCCUCCAGCGUCAGUCAGCCAUUGAUGAAGCAGAAGUGUCAGCUGCAACAGAAGACUGUUACAAGUUCCUCCAGAAAGCCAUUGUAAAUUUCAUCAAAUGUCUUCACUUUGGUGACCAUCAUGAUAUUCACAUAUUUACAUUUGUUUCUCUUUGGUUUGACAAUGCUCGAUCUCCAAAUGUCACAAAGCUUCUACGGAAAUAUAAAAUAACUUGUGUGAAAACUUGUAAAUUCCUUCCUUUGAUGUACCAACUUGCUGCUAGAAUGGACUCACAUGAAACACCAUUUCAGAUAUUACUGAACGAGAUCUUAAGUAAAGUGACACAAGACCAUCCUCACCAUGUCCUCCCUAUUAUCAUGGCAUUAGCCAACAGUCAUGAAGAUAGUCAGUAUCUGCAAGUAUUUAAGAAAAAGACUGAAACUCAUACUGAUGGGGAAGGUCUCAGUUAUCAGAACCGUGUAAAUGCUGCUAAACAGUUGCUGACUGAACUGUCCAAAUCUAAAAUUGGAGAUUGUGUAAGGGAGAUGAUGGAUUUAUGUAAAGCCUAUAUCGAACUGGCCUACUUUGAUGUUCAGAAAUACAAGACACAAACAGGUGCUUUAUCUUUACCUAACUCCUUAGAACUUAACAAACAGAAACAACUCCAUCAUGUUGCUGUGGCAACAGCAUUUAUCCCAGUGCAGCCUGAUGGCAACUAUUCAGACAUUCCAUAUAUCAUUGGCUUUGACAACACUUUCAAGUUAGCUGGUGGCAUCAAUUUACCAAAAAUCAUCCAGUGUCAUGGAUCCAAUGGAAAGAAAUACAAGCAGCUUGUUAAGGGACGAGAUGACCUGAGACAAGAUGCUGUUAUGCAGCAAGUGUUUGGUUUAGUAAAUGAACUUCUUAACAAUGACCCAGAUGCUCACAAAAGGCAGUUAAAGAUCCGUACUUACAAGGUAAUUCCAUUGUCACAAAGGAGUGGCCUCCUGGAAUGGUGUGAAGGAACUCAGCCCCUGGGAGAAUAUCUUGUUGCCAAAAAUAAAGGAGCUCAUCAAAAAUAUCGACCUAAAGAUUGGACAGUUGGAGAAUGUCGUCAGAAUUUAACUUCAGCAAGAACAUUAACACAGAAGAGGGCUGCCUACACAGAAAUUUGUCAACAUUUUCAUCCUGUGAUGAGACACUUUUUCUUUGAAAAGUUCCUUGACCCAGUCCAGUGGUAUGAAUGUCAUGUGGCAUAUAUCAAAAGUGUGGCCACUAAUUCUAUUGUUGGUUACAUCCUUGGAUUAGGAGAUCGUCAUGUCCAGAAUAUUCUAAUUGACUGUACAAAGGCUGAACUUGUACACAUUGACCUCGGAAUUGCAUUUGAACAGGGGAAGAUAUUACCAACACCAGAGACUGUACCAUUCCGUUUGACCAGGGACAUUGUUGAUGGUAUGGGUGUGUGUGGUGUGGAGGGUAUCUUUAGAAGGUGCUGUGAAAAAACCAUGCUAGUUAUGCACACAAACCAACAAUCACUGAUAACCAUUCUGCAAGUUCUUCUCUAUGAUCCUCUUUACAACUGGACACUAUCCCCUUCAAAAGCUAAUCAACUGCAACAGUUGAAAGAAUUGAAGAACAAUCCAGUCUCACAUGAAGACAACUUUGAUGGAGUAAAUGACAAUGAACCAGACAAACCCAAUGUAAACCGUUUGGCUGAAAGAGUGUUGCUGCGACUACAACAAAAGCUGCAAGGUAUUGAAGAUGGAAUUCAGUUGUCAUUAGGAGGUCAAGUCAACCAUCUUAUACAAGAAGCUCAAAACCCUGAUAAUUUGUGUAGACUCUAUCCUGGCUGGCAACCUUAUAUUUGAUAAAUAUUUUCUAUUUUUAA